ACCCAGACCUCCGCGCCCAGACACCAGGCCCGCAUCCUCACAGCAGCCACCUGCCGCAGCGGGGACCAGGACAGGCUGGGGCACACGGCAAAGCUGGGGGCUGGGGGUCCUGCACCGAGAAAGGACGAAGGGGAGCGGCCUGGGGGCGGGCCCCGGGGUACAACACGUGGGCCUCAGGCACAGCACACCCUCUCCUGGCGGGAUGACGCAACCCGGCUUCUCCCGAGUCGCCGCGGCAGACUCCCCUCAGCCCCAUUCUCUGGGUGACCAACUGCCCCACGCCCUGACUAACCCUCCAGGAGCCCUCACCCGUGUAACACACCCUGGACCCACGCUGGGCACCCCACCCUUUCCCUUCGUGGAGGCGGCUAAGGCGAGGGGCUCGUCCGCACUGCGGCGGUGGGAGGGUGACGUCGCGCCUCUGGAACCCCGGACCCCCUCACCUGGGCUCCCACAGCCGCAGGUGCCAGGCUGUACCCUGUGUACCGUUUGCUCGGAGCAGCGGAGAGGAAGGCGGCCAUACCCGGACGAGAGCCGGAGUCUGUCAAGGAGCCCGCCAGCACCCUUCACUCUGCGGCUGAGACCAACGCCCCUCCCUCCAAACCAGCGUCACCUAGUCACAGAGCCGCCAGCACGCGCAAGAAAGGCUCACUUUGCCUGAAGCCUGUGCAGCAGCUGUAUGGCUCCAAAUGCAAGUCCCACCGGCCACCAGCCCCAGCUGCUGUCUUGGGGACCCUCACCAGUUUUAAAACAUGGCCUCCUCUUCCUGGCCAUUCCCAGUUAAAGGUGGGGUGUGGAAGGGUCCUUGUGCCAAUCUUUCCCACCCUCUGCCAACCCAUGUGCUUGGUAGUUUCAACAGGACCUGCACCAGCCGGCCAGGACCUCUUGGGAAAGGGACCCUGGCCUGGCAUCAUCCUGCCUGGCCCCCUCCACCGUCUGUCUCCACCAGCUGCCUCCCCUCAUCCUUCACAGGCACGACCCCCAUCUUCCCCAUCUCAGCCUCUGCUUCUCAAAGGGGCGCUCACACUCACCCUGGGAACAUUCCCCGUACCCUAAGGGCCCAAGGCAGGACAAAGACAUGGGUCCAGGACACAGAGCAGCCUCGAGGACUCAAGGACACUGCUCCUGCUGUCCCGAGGACUCUCUUGCUCUAUACUGGGGUGUUUCU